AUGAGAGCUAAAUUGGAGGUCUUGGCCACAGUCCUGGGCUUCAUUGGCCUGAUUGGGACUGUAGCCGUCACUGCCAUUCCCAUGUGGAGGGUCUCCGCCUUCAUUGGUGCUAACAUUAUUGUCAUGGAGGAACUCUGGGAAGGCUUGUGGAUGAAUUGCUACAGACAAGCUGACAUCAAGAUGCAGUGCAAGGUGUAUGACUCGCUGCUAAUUCUCCCUCCGGAGCUGCAAGCCGCCAGGGGGCUUAUGUGUGUCUCCAUAGUCCUGGUUGUCAUCUCCUUGUUCGUCACAGGAUGUGGGACCAAGAAAAGCAGCUGUUGUGAUGACGAUAUGAGAAGCAAGAACAUCACCAUAGCUGUGGGGGGGUCUUUGUAUCUGCUUUCGUGUUUGACCACACUCAUCCCUGUCAGCUGGGUGGGCCAUACUGUUAUACGCAAUUUCUAUAACACACAGGUCAUGGAUUCUCAGAAGCGAGAACUAGGGGAGGCCCUCUUCCUUGGCUGGGCCACCUCUGGUAUUUUGCUGAUUGCUGGGAUCAUCUUUCUGUUUAGCUACUGCAAACGGAGCUCCAAAGAGGAAGAGCCAUACACUGAAAUGUCUCUAAUGGCGGGAAAAGAUGGACAGAAAGCGAACAGCGUGCACCUGGAGAGGACCCCAUCCAGUUUUUAUAAGCAGCAAGAAUAUGUUUAA